AUGACAAACAUGAAUUAUAAUAAUAGCAAUAUGAACAGCGGAUAUAAUAAGAAUGAAGAAGGAAGCUUAUAUGUAAGGAAUAGCUACGCAUCAAAUACAAAUGAUAAUAUGUCUAAUACCUAUAAUAAGGGUAGUGUUGUUGCAGAGGAUGGAUCUACUAACAAUUUUGUAUAUAACCAAGUAAGAAAUAAUAAAAGAGAAAUGAACCAUAUGGCAGGAAAUAACAAUAAUGGAAGUAGGAAUUUUAGUGUUGAACAUGUGAAUGCUAAUAAUGAGAAUGUAGGAUUAAACGAUACUACUAAUAAUAAUAGUAAUAAUAGUAAUAAUAAUAAUAAUAACAACAACAACAGUAAUAAUAAUAAUAGUAGUAGUAGUGCUGGUGUUGUUAGGAAUGUUGAUAAUAAUAGAUCAUACAUGAAUUAUGUUGAUAAAAAUAAUAAUGCAGAAAAUAUGAAGAAUAAUUUUGGUAAUAAUAAAUAUUAUGAUAAUCAAGGAAAUAAUGAAAAUAAUAUGAUGCAUGAUCAAAUGAAAGGAGGUUUGAAUGUUGGUGGUAUGAAUUCUUUUAAUAAUAACCAUAAUGUAAAUAAUUUAAAUAAUAUGCAAAUGGAAAAUAAUAGAUUAAUGUUCGAUAAUAAUAAUAAAAGAAAUAAUAAUUAUAUGAACAACAACAAUAAUAAUAAUAAUAAUGGAAGAAUGGAAAAGCCCAGAUAUAAACCUCCUAUGUUAAGAAAUCAAGGUAAUUUUCACAACAAUAGAAAUAAUUUUAAUAGAAUGAAUUUUAAUAAAGGUGGAGGAAAUAACAACUUCAAUAACAACAAUAAUAAUAAUAAUUCAUUUCCAAGAAAUUAUACUAUUCCUCAAACUGCAUGGGCCACAAGAGAUAAUAGAAGGUAUUACCCUGAAAAAGAAGAAGAAAUAUAUUCAAAUGUAAAAAGUGAAAAGGGUGUUAAUUUUGAUUUAUAUAAUUCUAUACCUGUAGAAAUUAGUGGAUUUAAUAGUGAGAAUGUUGCAGCCAUAGAAACAUUUGAUGAUCCAUCAUUAAAUUUGAAUGAAUUAUUAUUAUCAAAUAUUAAGAAAGUAAAUUAUGAUAAGACAACACCUAUACAAAAAUAUAGUUUAAAUAUUAUUAUGAAUAGAAAUGAUUUGAUAGGUGUAGCCCAAACAGGUAGUGGAAAAACAGCUGGGUAUUUAUUACCAAUAAUAAAUCAUAUGCUAAUUAAUGAUCCACCAAAACAUACAUAUUAUGAACAAAAUAAUAAAACAUCAAAUUAUUAUUUCAAUCGUGUAUGUUUACCCAUUUGUUUAAUAUUAGCUCCCACCAGAGAAUUAGCUGUACAAAUAUUUUAUGAUGCUAAGAAGUUUUGUUUUGAAACAGGUAUAAAACCAGUAGUAUUAUAUGGGGGAAAUAAUAUAAAAACACAAUUAUCAAAUUUAGAUAAAGGAGCAGAUAUAAUAGUUGCAACACCUGGAAGAUUAAAUGAUAUAUUAGAAAAAGGGAAAAUUAAAUUAUUCCUUACCACAUUUUUAGUAUUAGAUGAAGCUGAUCGUAUGUUAGAUAUGGGUUUUUCACCACAGAUAAGAAGUAUUGUAAAUGAUUAUGAUAUGCCAGGAAAUGAUAAUGAUGUACAUACGAGUGAAAAUAAAGUAGAAUAUAAAAAAUAUUGUAAUGAUAUUAUAAAGAGACAAACUAUUAUGUUUAGUGCAACGUUUAGAAAAGAAAUACAAGUGUUAGCAAAAGAAUAUUUAUGUAAGUAUACAUUUUUACUUGUAGGUAAGGUUGGUAGUACAAAUGAAUAUAUUAAACAAAAUUUGGUAUUUGUAGAAGAAGAAAAUAAAUGUAAUUAUUUAUUGAAUCUAUUAGCAGAAAAUAAUAGUGGAUUAACUAUUUUAUUUAUUGAAACAAAAAGAAAAGCAGAUAUUAUUGAAAGAUUUUUAAACAAUCAGAAAUUAAAUGCUGUAUGUAUACAUGGAGAUAAAAGUCAAGAUGAAAGAGAACGAGCCCUAAAACUAUUUAAAAGAGGUAUCAAAAAUAUUUUAGUUGCAACAGAUGUAGCAGCAAGAGGUUUAGAUAUAUCAAAUAUUAAACAUGUUAUCAAUUUCGAUUUACCAAGUAAUAUAGAUGAUUAUAUUCAUAGAAUUGGAAGAACUGGAAGAGCUGGAAAUAUUGGUAUAGCAACAUCAUUUGUAAAUGAAGACAAUAAAAAUAUAUUUAAGGAUCUAUUAGCAACAUUAGAAGAAUGUAAUCAACAAAUACCUCGUUGGUUUUUAAAUCUAGUUAUGAAACAUACAGCAAGUGCAAGAGCUAAUAGAAAUUAUAAAUAUAAGUUUAUGAAAAACAAAAAUAAUUUUAACAACAGAUUUAAUAAUAAUAAUAAUAAUAUGGAUAAUAGGAAUUUUAAUAUGAACAAUAAUAUGCACAUGAAUAAUAAUAAUAACAAUAAUAAUAAUCCAUUUAAUAAUAAUAAGGGACCAUUUAAUAAUUAUAACCAACAACAUCAUCAUCCUUUUAAUAAUAAAAAUAAUAAUGCUUUUAAUAAUAAUAAUGCAGGUACAUUAGCAUUUGCUAACAAUCCAUUUAAUAAUAAUAAUAUGUACCCCAAUAAUAAUAAUAAUAAUAAUUUCCCAUAUAAUAACAAUAAUAACCCAUUCAAUAAUAACAAGUAUAAUAACAACUUCAAAAAAUUUGAUGAUCAAAAGUUCCAAAGAAAUAAUUUCCAAAAUGUAGAUGAUAAUAAUAAUAAUGAAGCAUGGUAA